AUGCCAUCAGUCAAAAGCACCAUUACUUUCUUGUUGAGCCAGGCUCUUCUCGCCACGGCCAGCCCAGUAGAGUUGGAGAAGCGUCAAUGCCCCGGAAUCCACGUUUUCGGCGCCCGUGAAACCACAGCACCACCAGGAUAUGGCUCUUCUGCUGAGGCCAUCAACUACCCAGCUUGCGGUGGUCAGAGCCAAUGCGGUGGUAUUAGCUAUGCUAACUCUGUGGUGGCUGGCAUCAAUGCUGUUGUCCAGGCAGUGAACAACUAUCACAACCAAUGCCCCAACACAAAGCUUGUGUUAGUUGGAUACUCGCAGGGUGGCCAAAUCAUGGAUGACGCGCUAUGUGGAGGAGGUGACCCUGGAAAUGGCUACCCAAACACUGCUGUCCCUCUCUCUGCGGGAGCAGUCAGUGCUAUCCGGGCCGCAAUCUUCAUGGGAGACCCUCGCUAUGUCCGUGGACUGGCGUACAAUGUUGGAUCUUGCCAAGCCCAGGGUUUUGCUGCCCGCCCUUCUGGCUUUGUCUGCCCCAGUGGAUCAAAGGUCAAGUCGUACUGCGAUGCUUCAGACCCCUACUGCUGCAAUGGAAACAAUGCAAACACUCACCAAGGUUAUGGUCAAGAGUACGGGCAGCAGGCUCUCUCCUUUGUCAACAGCAAACUCGCUUAA